GGUGUCGUCAUAUGAUCAGCUGAGGUUCUCAGUUCAGUUUCGCUCAUCUCAUCAUUGAGCUGCAGACACACAUCGGUGUCAUGGAGCAUAAGCUGGAUCUUUCCCGUCUAACGGAUGAAGAGGCCAAACAUGUUUGGGAAGUGAUUCAACGAGAUUUCAACCUCCGCAAGAAAGAAGAAGAGAGACUCAGUGAGCUGAAGAGUAAGAUUGAGAAGGAGGACUCAAAACGAGAACUGCUGGGCUCUCAGAGCAACUUGUCCGACUCGCUUUGUAUCCGCUGCCUGCAGCCCUUCAAGUUCCUGGUGAACACCAAACGCCAGUGUCUGGACUGUCGCAUGUACACCUGCAAGUCCUGCAGCCGCUACAACAAGAAGGAGCACGGCUGGGUGUGCGACAACUGCCGCAUGAACAGGGUGCUCAAGAUCGGGACUCUGGGCUGGUACCAUGACAACGUGAGAAACCGUUUCAAACGCUUUGGUAGUGCCAAAGUGAUGAGGUCAUUGUACAAGAGGCUGAACGGAGAAGGUGGGCGUGAUGAUGACACGCAGAGUAUGCCGGAUGUCCACAGUCACGCGUAUAAUGGCAAUGAGGAUGAUCAAGGAGAAUUCGAGGGUCAGCGCUACAAAGUGAUGAGGAAGAACAAACGUCUGCUGUCUGUUCAUCCUAUGGACUUUGACAAUGAGGAUUAUCUGCCUCACUCACGGCGUCCGUCUGUACAGCAGCAGGAUGAUCGGUACUAUAGGAAUGACGUGGACUACGACCAUUACAGCCACAGAGGAAACCGCAGGAAGAGCCUGGACCGAUAUGCCAUGAGACCUGAUGACAACGGAGAGAAUCGGAUGGUCCGGACUCGUUCUCUGUCCAAGAUUACCUCGUCGGUGGCUCGGCAGCAGUACAUUGACACAUCAGACGAGGAGGAGUACCAGAGGUACCCGCAGAUGUACCAACAACCACCCCACCGCCGAAGGGGCAGUAGAACCUCCUCCCAGGAGAACCUGGGACAAGCCCCGCCGAUAAAUGAACUGAGCAAACGAAUGUUGGCCAUCGAGAGUCUGCUGAGCCGCCUGGAGGAAAAGAUUACACCUGGUGUAAACGAGCAGGCAUCAAAUCCAUCAGCUCAGAAUGAGGAGGAGAAACUGAGAAGGAAGCUUAGUGAGCUGGCGGGGAACCUGAGCGAUAAGGGCCCGUCAUCGGACGACGAAGCUGGGAAGAAGUCCUUUUCUGUGGGUAAAGGUUUGGCCGGACUGAAGGGUGGCCCAGCAAUCGCUCUGAACUCCCGGAAGAACAAAGAACUGAGCUCAUCCAGUGAUGAGAUGCCCACUGAGGCUCAAAAGAGAUCGACUGCCGCCGCCCUCUGUGACCUCACCACUGAGGUCCUGAGAACCAUUAAUGCCACAGAAAACGCUAUGGUCGAGUACGGCCUCUCAGAGCCGAUCGACAGGUCCCACUUAGUAGGCACUGACGUAAAGCAGGCCGAUGAUGCGUUCAGGGAACUUGAGGAAAAUGUGUACAUCACGGCCGGUCAGUCCUACGAGCUGGAGUCGAAGCUGCGGCGGCUCGAGCAGAGUGCCAAGAAUCAGUUUGGAGGGGCGACGGACUCGGAACUGUCUGACCUUGAGGACGUGGUGGCACUGACCGCCGCCAGAGUCCAGAGUGCUGAGAGCGAGGUCUCUGAUAUUGAGAGUAAAAUCGCUGCUCUGAGCGCCGCCGGAUCCAAGAAGAAGGUUUCAGGAACUCAGAGAAAAAAGUCGACUCAGGAUUUUCAGAAAGCUAACGGCACUCAGUGGAAAUCCAGCAACAUGUUCUGAAGCAGAAACAGACCUUCAGCAGCUGCUGCUUGCUCCUCUUCGUCAUGAAGCCUUCAUCAUAGAGCAACUCAAAGAGCAACUUUUAUCUGUAACUGCUGCUGCUUAUGUGUUAGAAACAUAACCCAUGAUUACAGCUGGUAGAUUUAGACAAAAUAUGAGAAAACGUGAAAAAGUACGUACCAAACUAAAUGAGUAUUCAAAUGUACAGUCAUUACAAUAUUUUUUGAAGCUCAGAGGCAGCUGGAGAGAAUUACAUGGGAAUGAAGUAACAUGAAAAUGUUUAAAAAUGUAUAAAUCCAAAAUAUUUCGUUUUAACACUGACAAAGUUUCGGCUUGUCUCAGCAACGCAAAGCCCCCAGCAUCCGACAUCAGCAUGGAGGAGAGGAAGGCACUCACAUCACUUAGUGAUGACAACAAAAUCAUCAUCCUUCCGGCAGACAAGGGCAGGUGCACAGUAUUGCUAAACCAGAAAGACUGUCAUGAGAAAAUUUUGUUACUACUCAGUGACAAAAAUACUUAUGAGCCCCUGAAACGAGGCCCAUGAAGUGGACUGUCUGUCUGAAGCAGUUAGAACAAGACGAUGCUAUGGACUUGAUCUCAUACCACAGGCUGUACCCAGGGUAAUCAACACCAAGUCUGUAUGGUUUACCGAAGAUACAUGAACAGGAUGCACCUUUAAGACCGAUUGUCUGUAUGAUCAACUCGGUCACCUAUAACAACCCAAAGUUUCUGACUUCGAUCCUCAACCCGCUGGUAGGCAGCUCUGAACACCACAUCCAGAACACCUUGGAGUUUGUUGAGAAGGUGAGAGAUGUCAUUAUGGAGGCAGAUGAAACCAUGGUCUCGUACGAUGUUACAUCUCUUUUCACUUGCAUCCCAGUCACGGAAGCGUUGGAGGUAGUAAGAGAUUACAGGAUGACACCAACCUUAGCAACAGGACCACUCUCAGCAUCAGGGAUCAUAUUUUCCACAUAUUUCACAUACAAGGGUCAGUGUGCCAUGGGUUCCCCAGUUUCACCCGCUGUGGCCAAUUUGUACAUGGAA